GCAAACACUAUAAUCAUGAAUAUCUAAAGAAAAUGUCACUACAGCAUAUUUUCUUUGGAGAUAUAUGCAGGACUAUCAUAAACAUCUUUAUUCUGUUUUAACAGGUUCUUCAGAAAGGAGAGGGGAAUUUGAUUGUGUACAGGAGACCAGGCGUCCCAGCAAAUGCAUAUGACUAUAUUCACUGUCGUUUUUGUAAAGGUUUUUACCAUCACAAACUUCUAUGGUCACAUGUCAAAACCUGCAGUUUAAACCAGAUGGGGCUGAAAAUGACACUGAGAGAAACUUCAUUAGAGAAGCUAGAUGUGAAAUAGCCCCAUUUCUUCAACAACAGGAUGAAGAUAUUGAAAUGUUAGAUGAAGUUAUUGAUAAAAUGAAAGAAACCAAAGAAAAUCCUGGUCUGAAGAAAGUUUGUCAGGAAGAUGAGUUAAUAAGACAGUUUGGGUUGUAUCAUCUGGGAAGAUUGGGACCACUAGAAGAGCAAAGACUGAAAGACCAAGACAAUGUGAGAACAAAAAUGAGAAGCUUAGCCAGACUGCUUGUAAGAUUAAAUGGAGAGGAACUGUUCAGCUAUCCUUUAAGCCAUUUCAUCUGUGCUCAAAAAUUUGAUUUGGUGGCAAAAACUGUGAAAGAAAUGUAUCAAGAAAUUGGUUCAUCACAGCUGGGCUUAAACUUAGGACAUUAUAUAAAACAGGUAAGCCUGCUGAAAUCAAGCAUGUGCCUUCGCAGACAGGACUGUGGGCGGAAAAAAGAGGCAAACGAGUUCACGGAAAUGUUCGAUGCCGAGUGGAAGGGAAAGGUUUCAUCAGUCGCCAACAGAAGCAAGCGUCUAAAAGCAAUGAACAAAAGAUGUGAACUUCCUUCUACUGAAGAUUUGGUGUCCCUCAAAAAAAUUCUUGUGGAAGAAAUACAAAUAAAAAUGGAAAACCCAGCACCAACAUAUCCCGAGUAUGUGUACAUAACACACUUACUGAUCGCCCGCAUAGCACUCUUCAACAAAAGAAGAGUAAAUGAGGUCUCUGAGCUGAAAGUGAGUGACUUCCAGAAGCGAAUAAGAGGAGAUGAAUUAGACACAAACACCGAAAUCUACAAUUCCCUGGCUGUCAGUGAAAAGGCUCUGUUAAAGAGAAUGGAACUUCUUGAGGUAAGAGGGAAGAGCACUCGGGGACUGAGGAAGGUGUUUGUAAUUCUAAGCACCGACAUGGUGGAAGGUUUGUCGCACCUCUUGAUGGUUCGUGCACAGGCUGGUGUACCAUCAACAAACACGUUCCUAUUCUCCAGAUGUACAGAUUCACCACAGGAUGGCUGUGAAGCACUGAGAGUGGUCACAUCUAAGUGUCACAAUCUUGCCUUUCCAGAACGGGUCAGGACAACAAAACUGAGAAAGUAUUUGGCAACUACUACUCAGAUAAUGGAUAUGAGAGAUGAUGAGCUGAAGUUAAUUGCUGAUCACAUGGGACACUCUGUUGCCAUACAUACUGAAGUGUACAGAAUGCCGACGUCAGUGCUUGAACGAACAAAAGUUGCAAGGGCUCUUCUAGCUUUAGAAGAUGGUAAACUACAGGGGUUUAAUGGUCGCAACCUUUCGUCGGUCAGCCUUGAUGAAUUGCCUGAACCUGAACCUGAACCUUACGAAGCAGGGUCAUUUGAAGAAUUGUCUGAACCAGACAACAGCUAUGAGGAUGUUCCUGAAGUUGAAACAGAAGCUGUACAGAAGCCUCAUGCAUGUACAGGAUAAAAAAAAACGAUGGUCGAAAGAGGAGAAGAGUGCUCUACGGGAAGCCUUUGACAUUCAGAUAAAAAUGCAGAAAAACGUUUCAACAAUGGAGAUCAGGAAAGCACAGAAGUGUUAUCCUGUGUUGCAAGGCAGAUCAGAAGCUGUUAUUCGGACAAAAAUAAACAACAUCAAAUUAGGAAAAUACAAAAAAAUAUGAACUGAAUUCAACCACUGCUAGAUAAGGGUAAUUUAAAAAAAAUAAAGCCAUUGGUUUACAGUUGUAUGAUCAUGAACAUUGUUUGUGUCAGAAUGCAGAAAUUGAUGAGUGAAUUGGACUUUGCAAAGACAUGUGUUUUUGAAAUUAUAAAUGACUUUCACUGUUUAGUUUUCGCAGUGACCUUUGGAGGAAAUUGCUUUUCCAAUCAAUAACUGGAGAACCGUUGGGCCAAGCUUUGUGAAACUUAAUAGGGAGGUUUGUUUUUUAGUUGACCUCUAUUGUUUUUAGGUGACUCGGUCAAAGGUCAAAGUGACCUUGUAUGUUCAAACACUGUGAAAGAGUUGGGCCUAAGUUAAAGAAACAUAGUGUAGUUGGCUGUGACCAGUAGAUGGCACCUAUGAAUUUUCAGGUCACAGAAUAAGUUCAAGGUCGUAAGUGCAAUGUUGCAUAUAGAGAUAUUGUAUACUCUCAUUUUGCGACAAAUAUUGGCAUGGGGCAUCUGUGUUGUAUGGACAUAUUUCUAGUUCAUCAAGCGAGUUUGUAUUUGUACCUGCCAUGCAUCGGCAUUGACUAAUGGAUCAGUCUGGGUGCAAGGUGUGCAGUCUGAUCUGGGUCACACUGUUUGCUAAUCACCAGUAAUUAUUGUAGAUCUCUUAUGAACAGCAUGGCCCAGUUUAGACUUCGAUCUCAAGAGCAGUUUGGUCUAAGUCAAUGCUGGUUGCUGAUGCAUGAUGGUUGCUUGUUGUACAUCAGACCUUAUUUGUACCUGUUUAAACAUUAUUUUCUUACUUUUGUCAGUUUUUUUUUUUCAUUUGUUGUGUCAUUAUAUUUAAGGUCCAGAAGCACAGUUGUCAAUUACGUUGGAGCAGUAUUAGAGUCACUACAUUACUUAAACAUACUGAUCUUUUUUAGCUAUUGUGAUCACUAGGUUGUCGAUAUUGUCUGCGCCAUCGUCAGCCACGGCGUGCAAAAACUUUUAUGUAAGCCAUAACAUUGCCAUUUAUUAUCGCAAAUGGCAAGAGCUUUCAAAUGGCUAAUAUUUCAUUGAGUGUGACCUUCUUGGUGACCUUCAAAAAAAAGACAAGCAUUGGGGCAUUACGGCUCUUGUUUCAUAAAAAAAAAUAUUUGUUCAAGGUAACUACAAUUAGUCCUCUACAACUUUCACAUUUCAUUUAGUUCAACAGUUCUAUCACAUUUUACAAGUUUUACAUAUUUUUGAGAAAAAAAGUAAAGCUGUGCUACUGUGGACAUUUAUUGUUUUACUCUUUUUUAUUAUUAAUUAAUGAUCUUUAAGAUUGGUAUCUUCAUUCCAUUUUGGACAUGGUCUGGUCAGUAUUAGUAUUAUACAUAUGAAUGUUAGAAGGUUCAUAUACAUAUAUGUUUGCAAUUACAAGAUAAAAAUGCAGAUAAUAUUGCAGCCAAAUUGUGUUACAAUGUAUUACUAUCUGAUGUGUUGUGUGUCAUUGAAUAGCAUAAUCCAUGAGACAUCUUGCACCCAAGCUGAUCCAGGCAAAUGCUGGUCAUGCCCAAAGAAUUUUAUCUGCCAUUGAUUCUUAGAAUUGUAAGGUUUGUGCCCAGCACAUCAUCAGGCACAUUGAAUUUUUACCGUAAUGUAACAAUAAUACAUUGUUCUGGUUCUUACAUAGUUUCAAAUCGUGUAUUACUGUAUACAAAGUUCCCAUUUUAUGUCAUGGGCACAUGCAAGAUGCACAGAGUUGGCAAUAUUGAUAGUCCAGCAAUAUCAGUAGAUUUCUAUAUGAAAUGUAUAU